UUCAUCUCCCACAGUUUGCUGCCUCGCCCAAUGAACGCCGAUGCGCUCGAUGGCCGAUUACUCUUCGCCAUUCCCAAAAAAGGUCGCUUGCACGAGAAAUGCUUGAGCAUAUUGUCUGGCGCCGAUAUUCAGUUCAGGAAACAUAACCGCCUGGACGUGUGUUUGGUCCAAAACCACAACAUCGCUCUCGUAUUCCUCCCUGCCUCAGAUAUUCCCUCCUUUGUAGGAAAAGGCAAUGUCGAUCUCGGAAUAACUGGCCACGACGUGAUUCUUGAAUCGCAGAUGCAGCAACAUGUCACCGAGGUCCUCAGACUUGGAUUCGGCAAAUGCGCACUACAGGUCCAGGUCCCCGAAUCAAGCAACAUCAAAACAGCGCAGGACCUGGUCGGGAAACGAGUCGUCACGAGCUUCGAGGUGCUUGCGGGCGAAUACUUUGGCAAACUUGACGCGGAGACGAACCUGGGGCAAAAGACGCAGAUCGAGUAUGUUGGCGGGAGUGUUGAGGCGGCGUGUGCCCUUGGACUGGCAGACGGAAUCGUCGACCUUGUUGAAUCUGGCGAUACCAUGCGUGCCGCCGGUUUGCAUGCUAUCGCGACGUUGCUAGAGACCGAGGCGGUCCUCAUCAAGUCAACCGCCCAAAAACACCCAGUUCAUGCACCUCUCAUCGAGCUGGUGACCGCCCGGAUCGCUGGUGUCGUUGCGGCAGCCAAGUAUGUCGUCUGUCAGUACAACAUCAGGCGCGAACAGCUCCCCGAGGCGGCCCUCAUAACACCUGGAAGGAGAGCACCAACAAUCAGUCCGUUGGAGGAAAGUGGGUGGGUCGGUGUGAGUGUGAUGGUCGAGAAAAAGAAACUCGCUGGGGUGAUGGACCAGCUUGUUAAAGUCGGCGCGGAAGACAUUCUGACAUUUAACCUGGACAACUGUAGAGUCUAG